AUGAUGACACCAGAUACAACCAAACCCAGACCACACGCUCGUUCGCAAACAAACAACUCAGGCUACCGUUUAAGGGCUCUCCCACCUCUGGCCGAACUGCUUUCAGACCAAGAAACUGCUCUCAGAUUCUUCUCGUCGAAGCCAUACCCGCUGCCGCGGCAUCUCACACUCAUAAAAAACCCACGCGCCGCCGAGUUUCCUGGCCGCCAAGUCAUCUUCUGGAACGAGAAAGACGCAGCCACACUCUCUGCUCGAGAUGCGCAAGACGCAAACAAAAAAACCACACACAAGAAAAAACAACCACAAACCGGCGAGGAAAAAAUCUCCCACAUUGUCAACGAUCCGCUCGACAAGAAGAUCGACGCCGCAAAAGCCUACCUCAUGGUGGCGCGCGAGCAAUCCUUCCGCCGACUCCAUCAAGAACAUCCCGAGCGCGGCUACUGGCGCUUCGGCUUUGACACUCCAGACUGGUGGCCUCAAGACAUGGCGCGCGAGGUGGACAAGUCGAGGAGAUACACACACCAGACGCGCCUCUGCAUGCUGCGAGCAAGCGAGCGCACUCCCAUCGCGUGGCGGAUGGCCGAGAUCACAUCUGAAGACCUCGAGAAGAACAAGAGCGCGCUCCAGGAGGCGUCGCCCAGACCCAAGAAAACAUUUCGGGGGCCGAACAACGAGCCCAUCCGGCGAGGACAAGAUGGCGCCGAGCCGCUUGGCAGAGCUUGCAUCAGGGAGCAGGGACACCGAGACUUUCAACGGCAGCUGGAUCUUGUCGAUGCUGGGGGCCCGGAGCUCGAGUUUUGA